UUAUAUGUGCGUUUACGUGUAUUUGUUGUGUGUCUGUUUGCUCUUUCCCCCUUUUCCUCAUACAACAUAGGACAAAUAUUAACCCGUUAUCUAUCGCAUGUUUUCAUAUCGGGAUGUAGUCGGUCCCGAGUGGCGUUGUACUCCCAAGAAGUGCUACCACGUUGAUGCUGGCUUGCGGAACUGGACGGAAGCUUAUCACUUUUGUCAUGAUCUUGAACCCGUGACUACAUUAGCAGGUGACAAGCGUCCGUCCCUCCUCUUCAUAAAUACAACAAAAGAGUACCAGGUCGUGAAGAGUUAUCUUCGUUUGUCUGGGUCAAAAGUGACGACAACUAAAUUAACGACGUUUGCCUGGAUCAAUUGUGACGACAACCAACGCGAAGGGUAUUUCAUCUGUAAUAAAGACAUAACUGGACGUGGACAUGUUGCACCUGCAUAUUGGCAACCGGGUAAACCUGAUGGAGGUAGCGAUGAGAACUGUGUGGCAAUGGAUUGGAGAGGCGGUUUCUGGGAUGAUUUGGCCUGCAAUCAAGUUCACGAAACAAUUUGUCAGAUAGUGCUGAAUAAUAUCUAAAGUUCGCAUUAAGACCUCAGUGCCAUUGACUUCAAACAGACACAAAUAAACAGGUUUGGACCCCAUCUUGUAAACGAAUGCGAUUGAUCCAAGUCGAUCGCAACAUGAUAUCAAUGA